CCACACCACGUGAUUUUAAAAAAUGGAAAAGGGAGAUAGGGCAGCCUUUUUCAGUGCUGCAGAGCAGCAAGUUAUACUUCAGCGGUUUGAGGACCUAAAACAUAUUUUCAAUCACAAAAAGAAUACAACUGCUGCUGGUAAAGCGAGACAGGCAGCAUGGCAGAAAAUUGCCGAUUCAGUCAACGCGGUUAAUCCAUCUGGAGUAAAACGAAGUUGGCUGCAGGUCAAGGUGAAAUACAAGAACAUGGUACAAACAGCCAAAAAAGCAGAUCGGCGGAAGACCACGCUAGACCCACUGCAACCUGUCUUUUCUGCUGCAGAGGACCUGAUGGCUGAAACCCAUAAAUUCUGUUCCACUAUAGACACCAUCACAGAGGAAACCUCUUCCACAGAACUCAAGUCAACACUCUCCUGCUCAAACUUUGUGAGAGUGCUAGCAAACCACAUGACAUCAGAGGAGAUCACAGCAGAAUCUGGGUCCGAAGUGUCAUUGGAUAAUGCACCAGUCGUAUACAUUGACAAUGCUGAAGAUAUCACGUCAGAUUCGUCUAUACAUGAGGGUCCAGGCAUAAACGAGACCUCACCUGAGGCCACACCAUCCACUUCCAAAACAUGGGACAGAGAGGUAAGAUUAUGCCAAAAAAAAAGUGUUUGCCAUGUAAGGUCUAAUAUUUCUACAUUAUGAAUACAAUAUACUGAGAAAAUUAUGGGUGUAAUGGCAGCCAUUAAUACAAAUUAUGCAUUUGAUUAAAUCUCAAUGUUUUUAAGGGGGACAAAAAGAAAGCCCUCAAAUGUCCAAGUGAAGGACUUGUAUAUGAAAUACUUGCAACAGGAGAUUGACUACAGGAGAUUAAAGAUGCAAAAGAUGUCCUUGGAGAUGAAAUUACUUGAGAAACAAUUAAAUUGCCUCGUUGAAGCAGCUCUCUGCGCCUGGUUUAGGAUUCAGGUAUGGCGUCAUCAAGAAUGGAAGACAGGGAUACUCAUUGUCAGCCACAAGCUGCCCAUCAAAACAACCUGAGAAGUGAGGGGUAUGAUUGCUGGUCUGUGGUGAUGACGAUCAGAAGUGGUGUGGACGCAUGCUCCAGUGAAAAGAGUUUGGUAUGCUGAGUGCCACCGUGAGACUUCUAUCUACAUCUCAAACAGGGCGGCGCGGUUUCACAUUCCUUUAGCAUCACAUCCCCACUGAUGCUUACUAGAAAUGUGUUAAUUUAAGAAGACGCAACCAUUCAGUCUAUGGAACAAAGUUACAGAAGUUCAUAUUAUACAAUUUAUUACAGGGUAAUUACAUUGUUAUGCCAGUGUGUGGCUGAAAAAUCUUGUUCGAAGGGGGAUUUAGUUAUUUGAGAUCCAGUUCAUGUAGUUUAAGUAUUGAUUGCCUAUCACCAGUUAGUACAUGGGUGUGACAGAAACAUUUGCAAAUGUAAUGAAAACACAUUAUUUCACAUAUUGAGUAUUAUUUAUAAACCUUGGAGACAAAACAUGAAGCUGAGCAAAAGACAACUAUAGCAGAAGGAAGUUGAUGAGACUGAUAUGGGAGAGGUGGUGGGAGUAUACUAUAUUCUAUUAGUCCAAUGAUAAUACAAUUCCAUCACACUAACGGAUGAAUGGAGAACAGCAUAGAAAAACAUAGUGGAAUUUGUAACAGUGUCACAAAAGCAAUCCACUCAUCGUAUUGAUUUAAUCGUAAACCGCGAGGCACAACCCAGCUCAAUUUGAGACCAGACAUGCACAGACCACAGCGGAGUGUCCUUCCCCGUUGUUAUUAUAGAGCGAGUAACUCAGCUGGGUGGAGAGAAAAACAGUACGUCUCAUAUCCUGUUAUUUUUAUUCUAUAUUUUUCUUUCUGCAUUGUUGGGAGGGGUUCGUAAGUACGCAUUUGGAAUUUGCAAAUAAAAGCCAUGGGAAUUGUCUCACA